CGAGAGAGCACAGGGAAAACAAGACGAGAAACAAAAAGGAAGGGAAAGAGAAAGAGAAAUUCUCUCUUCUUUAAUUAGCAUUUACUCAAAAACUCUGCUCUUUCACACACCAAUUACAAACGACAAACCAAAAACAAAACAAAACUAUUUUUUUUCCUUGGAAGACACAGUCUUUUGUUGUCUUACCAGCAUCAAAACUCAGCUAUUUUCAAAGGUAUAUCUUGGAAUUAUAUGUUGGAGGAAAGGUCUUUGAUCUGAAGAUUGAUGGUGUUUGUGUUUUCAAUUUGCAUCUGAAGGUAGCUAGAGGGUUUUUCAUCUUUGUUUUUUCCGAAUCUGUUAGAUCCUAUGAUAAGGUCCGACAAUGGUGUCGACGUUGAACAUGGAGAAGAAAUGGGUGUUUCCCCUUGUGAUAAGUUCUCUCAUAUGUACGAUCCUUGUUGUCACUUGCUUUAAUAUGGGACUCGUUUCUUCGGUUCACAAAAUCAACUCGAUCUUCUCCAUUUUCCCGACUCAUAUGAAUCAAAGGAAGCCAGGGUAUGCUGAAUCGAAGAUCGAUAUAGGCCCUUUGUCACCACCUCCUGCUGGUCCGGCACUACCUCGUUUUGCAUACUUGGUUUCUGGAUCAAUUUUUUCCAAAGUCGGGAAUGUUUAUAUGAUCACCAAGGCUAAUAUGGUUACUUAUCGAGGACCGACCAUGGUCGCCAAUACACUCCACGCAUGUGCCAUUCAUCUCAAUAGAAGUAAAAAUUGGGAUUGGUUUAUCAAUCUCAGUGCAUCGGAUUAUCCUCUUGUGACUCAAGAUGAUCUUAUUUAUGCAUUUUCUGAUAUAAACCGGAACCUUAACUUUAUCGAACAUACAAGUCAGCUUGGCUGGAAAGCGGAUAAACGAGCUAUGCCUUUGAUUAUAGACCCCGGACUCUACAAGUCAACCAAGUCUGAUAUAUUUUGGACUUCACAAAAGAGAACAUUACCUACUGCAUUUAAAUUAUUUACCGGUUCGGCAUGGACAGUUUUGUCGCAUUCAUUUGUGGAGUAUUGUGUUUGGGGUUGGGAUAAUCUACCGAGAACUCUUCUGAUGUACUACACAAACUUUCUCUCCUCCCCUGAAGGCUACUUUCAGACUGUCGUAUGCAAUGCUCCGGAGUUUGCUAAGACUGUUGUCAAUCAUGAUUUGCAUUAUAUAUCCUGGGACAAUCCCCCUAAACAGCACCCGCACGUCCUUACCCUUAAUGACUCGGACGGGAUGGUUCAAAGCAGUGCUGCUUUUGCUCGGAAAUUCAAUCAAGACAAUCCUGUGUUGGAUAAAAUUGAUAAGGAGUUGCUUGGCCGGGAAAAGGGGAGCUUCACCCCGGGUGCUUGGUGCUCUGGCGAACCAAAAUGUUCGGAAGUUGGAGAUAUGAACAAGAUCAUUCCAGGUCCAGGAGCUCAAAGACUUCGACAACUCGUAGCUAAGUUGUCUGCGAAAGCUACUCUCAGACGAGAUCAGUGUAAAUAGGCUUCAUGGUGAGGAUGUUCGGUCAAUGAGGCUGACACGGCUGAGAAAUUUGUAUCUAAUAGUUUUGCUGCAACCAAUAGGUAUUCAAACUCCUAGCCAUGUUGAGG